CCGCAGAUAAAAAGCGGCUGCGCAGCCUCAGUCGUUUCUCUCCCAUUUCACCAGGUCUCGAGCUGCAGGAACUGCCUCGUCAUCGUCGAGAAUCAUGACUGAAACUAAAGAACGCACCUUCAUCGCCAUCAAGCCUGACGGCGUGCAGCGAGGUCUGAUCGGUGACAUCAUCAAGAGGUUUGAGGUCAAAGGCUUCAAACUCGUGGGCAUGAAGAUGGUUCACGCGUCGGAGGACCUGCUGAAGCAGCAUUACGACGACCUGAAGGAAAGGCCAUUCUUUCCUCCACUGAUCGAGUACAUGAGCUCCGGACCUGUGGUCGCCAUGGUGUGGGAAGGCAAAGGUGCCGUGAAGACGGGCCGUAAGAUGCUGGGAGCGACCGACCCGGCCAAUUCUGAGCCCGGAACCAUCCGAGGAGACUUCUGUAUCGAUGUCGGAAAGAACAUCAUCCAUGGCAGUGACUCUGUGGACAGUGCCAAAAAGGAGAUUUCCCUGUGGUUCCAGGAGGGGGAGCUGGUGAGCUACAGCAGCUGUGCGUACAGCUGGCUCUACUGAGCGGCACAAACGCACACAUCAACGUUUGCCUCGAAUUCCAUCAACAUUCUUCAUCUGCAGCAGAGACGACCAAGGACCCCCCUUAUUCACGCUCUGCUCAUGUGUCUCAUACUAUACCGGGAUCGGGUCUUUGUAGAUCUGGUUUACAUUCCCAGAGUUCACCCCCGCCCAUAGAGAACAUUCCACUCCUUCCAUAAAAACGCACUUGUUUUGAGUUUUGUCUUUCCAAUAAAAAGUUCAUGAUUCCAA